CAAUAUAUAACAAUAUUUUCAGGAAUAGAAUUGGAUUAUGGAUACAGUUGUAAGACGUUACCAGUGUGCACGUAUUGUGGGAAGAUAUUCACAAAGACUGGAAAUUUAAACAGACAUAUUCGUAUUCAUACUGGUGAGAGACCUUAUGAGUGUCGCACGUGCGGGAAAAGGUUCUCAGAUCAGAGUUAUGUACGGAAACACACGGAGAAAUUUUGUAGCGGGAGAAAACACAAUGCUACACUAUUUUUAGGUAGAGCAAUAACAAGCCGAGAUGACGGGAACAAUGUUUUCAAACCACCGAAAUCACCGAUAUGUUCUUACUGUGGUAAAGUGUUCAGCGUUAGAAGUAGUCUAUUACGUCAUAUCCGUCUACAUACGGGCGAGAAACCGUACCAAUGUGUCCAUUGCGGUAAAAGAUUCUCUGAUAGAAGUCAUAGAAAUAGACAUUCCAAGACAUAUUGUUUACUGAAGAAAUCUCAAUGA